UGAUUAAUGGCACUGCCAAGGUGGAGAGAAGGUCCAGGAAAAUAGAUUAUUGUGGCUGUGGUGGUGCGGUUCCUGGGACUGAAAGAGUUCUCGGCGGAGGAGUUGCAUGGAGUAUUGUCACAUGCCAAGCCAUAUGGAGAUUUGAAGGAAGAAGUGGGAGUUUGUUUUGUUUUUGUCAAUGUACUAUUUUUAUUUGGGUGGAUUAGGUUAGUUUUCCCUAUCACGUAUGGAUUUUCUUUUUACCUUGUUUUUUCAACCCGUCCAAUUGGUGGCGGCAAUACACAUUUUGGGGUUAUAGUACGCCAAAACCCCUAUAAAACCCUCACGCCAUAUGGUCCAUCCCGAAACUGAACAUGCUGCCUGUAAUUAUCUUUAACCAUCUCAUAUUUGACUCCGGAGAGGAAUGCGGGACCCGUAGCCAGUUAAAGUUAUAAUUUGGAUUCAAGACACAGCUUCUAUCAGCAGCAACCCAGUCAGACCAUGGCUGGCUUCAGGCAAGAGGAUGUGGAGGUAUUCUACGAUAUGGGGGAGGAGCUGGGAAGCGGACAGUUUGCCAUCGUACGGAAGUGUAAAGAGAAGCCCUCUGGCUCAGAGUACGCCGCCAAGUUCAUCAAGAAGCGUCGCCUGUCGUCCAGCCGCCGGGGCGUGAGCCGCGAGGAGAUCGAGAGGGAAGUGAACAUCCUGGGAGAGAUCCAGCACAGCAACAUCAUCACGCUGCACGACAUCUUUGAGAACAAGACUGACGUCAUCCUCAUCCUGGAGCUGGUGUCUGGAGGGGAGCUGUUUGACUUCCUGGCAGAGAAGGAGUCUUUAACAGAGGAGGAGGCCACACACUUCCUCAAACAGAUCCUGGCUGGGGUCCACUACCUGCACUCCAAACGCAUAGCUCACUUUGACCUCAAGCCGGAGAACAUUAUGCUGCUGGAUAAGAAUAUUCCCAACCCCAGGAUCAAACUCAUCGACUUCGGCAUCGCUCAUCAGAUCAAAGCUGGGAACGAGUUUAAGAGCAUCUUCGGAACGCCAGAAUUCGUUGCUCCAGAGAUAGUCAACUAUGAACCGCUAGGCCUGGAGGCUGACGUGUUCUGUCCCUCUUGUCUCUCCAGGAGUAUUGGAGUUAUCACAUACAUUCUGUUGAGUGGUGCCUCUCCGUUCCUGGGGGAGACCAAGCAGGAGACUCUGACCAACAUCUCAGUAGUCAACUAUGACUUUGACGAGGAGUACUUCAGCAACACUAGCGAGUUGGCCAAGGACUUCAUCAGACGGCUGCUGGUCAAGGAUCCCAAGAAGAGAAUGACCAUUGAUGAAAGCCUUCAACAUCCCUGGAUCAAGGUGAUCAAGAGGCGGAACGUGCGCCAGGAGGAGAGCGAAAAGAAGCCGGAGCGCAGGCGCCUGAAGACGACGCGUCUAAAGGAGUACACCAUCAAGUCCCACUCCUCCAUGCCCCCCAACAACACCUACGUCAACUUUGAAUGCUUCUCCCAGGUGCUGGAGGAGAUCGCUGCUGCCGAGGAGGGGCUGAGAGACCUGGAGCACAACCAGAGGUCAUGUCAGGAGGACGUGGCUGCUCUAUUCUCUCUCUAUGAGGAGAAGGAGGGCUGGUACCAGGAGGAGAACCAGAGCAUCGCCAGCGACCUGGGUCACAUCCGCCAGGCGCUGCAGUGUACCCAGGCCCAGUGCAGACAGAGCCAGGAAGACGCCCGCGCCGCCAUGCUGGCCGCUAACUCACUCAAAAGGAAGUUUGGGCGCCUGGAGAACCGCUACGAGGUCCUGGCGGAGCAGGCGGCGUCGGAGGUGCGCUGGGUGGAGGAGCUGGUCAGAGGGAUAGAGCGGGAGAAGGACAGUCUGGUCAUCCCCUGAGACCUGGCUCCAGCUUGACUUUUAGAAUUGUCCUGAGCCUGGCCUGCCUUCUAGAAUCACUGACAUUAUUCUCAUAGAAUCACUGACAUUAUUCUCAAUCUACACUCUCAGCUUCUUCCUUAUAGGUUGGUCUGGUCAUUUUUUUUUUGUUGUCAUUUAGCAGACGUUCUUAUCCAGAGCGACUUUUUCAUACUGGCCUCCCGUGGGAAACGAACCCACAACCCUGGCGUUGCAAGCGCCAUGCUCUACCAACUGAGCUACAGGAGGCCCUGGUCAUGGCCUGAAGGCGAAGUCCAACCGGGCUGGGUCUGGAAUCAUUGAAUUACAUUAUUGUAGCUCUCAGCUAACUUCCUACUGUGUCUGUAUGUUUGUAUGGUACAGUCAGGACUGUACAUGUACACCAGUUGUCAUCACAUUUGGAAGUAGGGCCCAGAGAUUUUCUGGUGUUGGUGUGGUUGUUGGAAUCACUGACAUUAUUCUUCUUCUUUCUGUGUCUGUGUGUUUAUGGCACAAACAGGGCUCAUAUUUACACCAGCUGUCAUCAGAUUCAGAACAAGGGUCGAGAGUUCUUCGGGUUAGAGAAAAUGCUGGGCCCUCGAUCAUAAGCCAUGCUGCCCCUCAGACAUUUUAUCGGGAAAAAGGUUGCUCCUCCUGUAUCACUUUGUAAUGAGAGAACUAGCAAUGCAGAGUCCCUACUAUGAAUAUGUUUGGUCAACAAAAUACAUAUUAUUUUAAUAAUACAUUUUCUAAAUUAAUUUUUACGUUGAAGGUAAGGAUUUUGAUUGUUAUACACAAUACUGACACAUUGUUUGUCAAAUAUGCUGUUAGUUUUUGCAGUAUAUUUGGAUUUCUGCACAUGCAAUCAUUUUCCUAAAGAGUUUUAAGUCCCAUAGUUGAAGGAAUACGUGGUAUAAGUCUGUUCCUGUGCGACAGCCUUAGUCUGGCUUGGUAUGCCAAUUUCAUGUAAGCAAUAUUCCCCUCGCCUCAUAACAUGUAUCAUUCACAGCUGACUGUUAUUUUACAUUUUAGUCAUUUAGCAGACGCUCUUAUCCAGAGCGACUUACAGUUAGUGAGUGCAUACAUUGUUAUAGGUAACAACAUAGUACAAAUUGCACAGAAAUAACAGGAAAUGAAUGUUGAUGUAUUAUAGGGAGAUCCCAGUACUUCAUCUUAUUGACAGCAGGCUAUCUAUUCGAUACCAUAUGUCACUCAGCUGACUUGUUGUACUGCGAUGCAAAUGGAUCAAAUACAAACGCUAUAGUUGUCUUCCGUAUGGAGAGAGUAGUCUUAAGCUAUAUAGAUUGUAUAAACCUGUUUUGUCAUUUGUACGCUUUGCCUGGAUAUAGAAGACCUUAUUGCCUGUACAUAAGCAAAAGCAAAUAUGUAGUAAUGGCUAGACAUGUUAGUGAAAAUGCAGGUGUAGUAACUUUCCCUCAAAACGUUUUGGGCCAGUUUCCUGGAUAAAAGCAUGCUCAAUGGAAGUUCUCUAUUGAAUUUGGUUUUUAAUCCAGGACUAGGCUUAAUCUGUGUCUGGGAAACUGCCCUGUUUGAGUACAACUAUUGCACAUAAGCUUCAUACCAAAUUAUCUGCAUGAUAAAGUAUGUAAAGUAUAAAACAUAUACUUAUUUUCAUUACGACCAUAAUAACCCACACACUUCAGACAUUCCACGAGUUAGUCAUUAAAUCUAUGCAUCACAUUCCAUGUUCACCAUAGAACUAUAGAACACUAUAUACUGUAUAUUUCCCUAGUUUAGUAAAAAUACUUUAAAGAACUACUUAAGUAGGUUU